AUGGCAAGGGGAAACAAGUGUCUCUGGAGGUUUUAUUCUGUGCCAGUAGGCGAAUCCCUCUUCACAGGGGUCAAGAAAAACUACCGAUUAUGUUGGCGUCGUUUUCGCAACGUGCGAGUUGUGCACUCCGCUACGGGCUUUGAUACGCUUUGCGCAGAAGCAAGGCUGACAGUUGUGAAAACACUGGAAGAGUUUGACUUUGGCCAUGCUGAAAAAUGUGUGAGGAUAAAUUCUGUGUCCAGCGGUUUGGCAGAGCAAGACCUAGAGGUGCUUUUGCAGUCCAGGACCCUUCCUUCAAGCAUGAUGCUGCCAAAGGUUGAAAAUGUUGAAGAAAUAAGAUGGUUUGCAGACAAAUUCUCACAUCACUUACAAGGCCGAACACUUGUAGAACCAAUGAAUUUUAUCCCUUUUGUGGAAACUGCACGGGGGCUGCUCAGUUUUAAGGCUGUCUGCGAAGAAGCAUUGAGAGCAGGCUCCCAAGUUGGCUUUCAUUUGGACGCAGUCGUCUUUGGAGGCGAGGAUUUCCGUGCCAGCAUAGGUGCAACAAGCAGUAAGGAAACUCAUGAUAUUCUGUAUGCCAGGCAAAAAAUUAUAGUUACAGCCAAGGCUUUUGGCCUGCAAGCUAUAGACCUUGUUUACAUCGAUUUCCGGGAUGAAGAUGGGCUCCGCAAGCAAUCAAGAGAAGGUGCCUCAAUGGGAUUCACUGGUAAGCAGGUGAUUCACCCUAACCAAAUUGCUGUUGUCCAGGAACAGUUCUCUCCAAGCCCUGAAAAAAUAAAGUGGGCGCAAGAACUGAUUUCUGCUUUUGAAGAACAUCAGCGAUUAGGAAAGGGAGCCUUUACUUUCCAUGGGAGUAUGAUAGACAUGCCAUUACUGAAGCAGGCACAGAACAUUGUUACGCUUGCCACAGCCAUCAAGAAAAAAUGAUCUGGUAAAUGAAGCUCUCACCAUGUGGUCACAGUAGCUGUUUUAAAAGAUGACUAUACUUGGGGGAAAAAAAUUAAAUACGUGAGGCUUAAGCCAAAAUUCAUUUACAUUUUGCAGAUCUGUCAUAAUUACUUGCCGGAAUUGCUAAUUACUAAAAACUAUUCGAGAUUGAAAGCACUGCUUACUCCUGUACGGCCCAUGUACUCGUAGCCUGCAAUGAAGUCACCUCACUGACUGUGUGACAUCAUGAUAACUACUACAAAUGCAGGAUUAUGACUUCACUAAAGUCAUAAAUAAAUGCAAAAUGCAAGCUGUGAGCUCUGUUAAAAUAACAACUGAAAAUCGGGUCAAAUCGCUUCUAUUUUUAUCUAUGCUUCUUGCUGCGCUUGUGUAGAAGCCCCACCAGAAAGGGCAAAGUCUUGAAUAAUUAUCCACCGGUUGAAAUAAUUGCGAAGAAAAUCAUUAUCCGGUGCGGACUUCUCUUCCCCUCUCCCCCGUAAAUGUGCAACAGCCAUUAAAAAUAUUGCUCCAACAAUGCAAGACUC